AAAACAGAGGGGAGAGGGAUGGUAAAGAAAGGAGUUAGAACCGCAAAAGAAAGAAAUUUACUCUCUCUCUCUCACUCUGUCUGCAAUUGAGGCUCCUCAAUUGGCUUUUCUGCUUCAACUCCAAUUGGCGUUCGAUUUCUAUAAAUCUGUACACACAGCUCUAUUGCUUCCCCUUUUUGACUACUCCAAAAUCUUUUAUCUCUCAUAUAAAUUUAAUUUCCUGGUUUCAAAAAAAAAAAAAAAUUCUUUGAAUUCAGAACACCAGUCGGUGUUCAGAGAAAUUUCCCGACUUUUUCGGCAUUUGUUUUGGGCGAAAAAAAUCACUGGUUUUCUAUUGGAGAAAAUUCGAUCUAUAUUUUCUUGGGUUUGACUGUAAAUCAAUUGGGUUUACAAAAUUCAAUUUGUAUAAAUUCUCUUUCCUGAUCUGAGACCUGUUGAGGCUGUCGUGAUCUCUGAGACCCGAAGCACCGAAGCCGAAGCGAAAGUACAAGGCCAUGCCGGUUCCAACCAUAGCUCUAUACGCGAGCCCACCGAGCAGCGUGUGCUCCGCACCGCAUCCAUGCCAGAUCAACGCGCACGCGUCUUACGAUUUCGAGUUGAGCACUCGACCUUCCUCUUCGGCUUCAUCCUCACCGUCAACUACGCACAAGCCUGUAAUCGGCGGCCUCUCGUGCCUCUUUUCCUCGCCCUCUGUGCGGUCAUCUUCUAGCUUCUCGGGUGGUGGCUGCGGCGAUGAAUUGAGUUCCAAGUGGCACGACAGAGGCGACGAAUUGAAGGAACUGAGCAACUCGUACUAUAUGCCAAGUAAGUUCCCUGGGUCGUAUUUAAAGAAGGAUUUGAGCCCAGUUUCGGUGUUUCAGGGUCCGGUUUCAUGUGGUAGUAGUGUGGUUGGUUCGGCUAGAAGCCCCCCGACGAGUUUCCAAAGUGGUUUGUUUAAUGGGUUUGUAAGGAAUGCUCUGGGUUCGUGCGUAGAUUACGACUCACCGCAUUUCGAGGUCCGUAGCGAUGAAUUUAACCUGGGUCUUGGGGAAGAACUGACUUUCAAUAUAGAGAUGGAGGGGAACUCUGAGCCAUACGUGAAGGAAUUGCUGUUGGGUGCCCAAUUGAGGCAUAAGAUCUUUCACGAGGAUUUUGUGGUUAAGGCUUUUUAUGAAGCCGAGAAAGCUCACAGGGGGCAGAUCCGUGCCAGCGGUGAUCCGUAUUUGCAGCAUUGCGUAGAGACGGCAGUGCUGCUUGCGCUGAUAGGUGCUAAUUCAACGGUGGUUGCUGCGGGGCUUUUACAUGACACACUUGAUGAUUCUUUUAUGAGCUAUGACUAUAUUUGUGGAAUGUUUGGAGCUGGGGUUGCCGAUUUGGUCCGAGGGGUCUCCAAGCUAAGUCACUUGAGUAAGCUUGCACGUGACAACAAUACAGCAAGUAAAACAGUUGAGGCUGAUCGCUUGCAUACCAUGUUCCUCGCGAUGGCUGAUGCCAGGGCUGUCCUCAUUAAAUUGGCAGAUCGAUUGCAUAAUAUGAUGACGCUUGAUGCAUUGCCUCCAGCCAAGCAACAGAGGUUCGCUAAGGAGACCUUGGAGAUUUUUGCGCCCUUGGCUAAUCGUUUAGGAAUCUUUACUUGGAAGGUCCAGCUAGAAAAUAUGUGUUUUAAACAUCUUAACCCUGACCAGCACAAAGAACUGUCUUCUAAGCUGGUUGACUCGUUUGAUGAGGCAAUGAUCACUGCUGCUAUAGAGAAAUUAGAACGAGCUCUGGAGGUUAAAGCCAUUUCUUACCAUGAUGUCUUUGGGCGGCAUAAGAGCCUGUAUAGCAUUUACAGAAAAAUGCUGAAAAAGAAGCUAACCAUGGAUGAAAUUCAUGAUAUUCAUGGGUUACGGUUGAUUGUUGACAAUGAAGAAGACUGCUAUAAAGCAUUGGGAGUUGUUCACCAGUUAUGGUCUGCGGUACCUGGAAAGCUUAAGGACUACAUAACUCGUCCAAAGUUUAAUGGGUACCAAUCUCUGCACACGGUGGUGAUGGGUGAAGGGAUGGUUCCACUCGAAGUUCAAAUUCGGACAAGGGAGAUGAACUUGCAGGCUGAAUUUGGAUUUGCAGCUCAUUGGAGGUACAAAGAAGGUGACUGUAAAUAUUCUUCAUUUGUGCUUCAGAUGGUUGAGUGGGCUCGAUGGAUUGUCACCUGGCAGUGUGAGGCGAUGAGUAAAUAUCGGUCAUCCAUUGCCUAUGCUGAUUCGACAAGGCCACCCUGCUCAUUCCCAAUACAUUCAGAUGAUUGCCCGUUUUCAUAUAAGCCGCACUGUGGCCACGAUGGGCCUGUGUUCGUGAUGAUGAUUGAGAAUGAUAAGAUGUCUGUUCAGGAGUUUCCUGCAAACUCAACAAUAAAGGAUUUGUUGGAAAGUGCUGGACGAGGAAGCUCGAGAUGGACCCUAUAUGGUUUCCCACUGAAGGAAGAAUUGAGGCCAAGGCUGAACCAUCAACCGGUGACUGAUCCCACAUGCAAGUUGAAGAUGGGGGAUGUGCUGGAGUUAACACCAGCCAUACCCAACGAGUCUUUGACGGAGUACAGGGAGGAGAUUCAGCGUAUGUAUAAUGGUGGGCUGACUGUGUUGAGCACUGAGCUUGCUGCUAGCAGUAUGGUUGGACGGAGAAGUUGACAUUGAUUAGAUUCUCUCUUCUUAUUUACAACUCUAGUGGCUAUUGGCAAUUCUUGUAUAUAAAAUCAUGAGUUUGUACAGAAAAGCUGUAUCGUUCUAUCGCUAAUCACUGGGUUCAAGCAGGUGCUGAAUGAUAUAUCUUCUCUUCUGAACUUUUCACUCUUA